AAGGCGGGUCAGUGUUGCACGAGAUCAGGUGACGGCCACCACUACGCAUUCGUUCCUUCCGAUCACCCCUUCGCCUGUUCUGUUCAUUCUCUUCCAAGUGUUCUGUUCCCGUGUCAUGCUGCCUUCCUGAGCGUGCAAUUGCAGAGUCUUCGCGCGAGGAGGAUGGUCCAACGCGACGCCACGGGAAGGACCCAGACCGAGUUGCUGAUCCUGGUGCUCCCGAUGCCAACCCAGGAGCCCGCCGAGUGAGGACAGAGCCACCGACCCACGUGGAGACCCGAGGUUUGUUUUAUCGGCCAGAUAAUGUAUCAGCGACGCAGCCAGGCAAAUGAGGUGGCGCUGGUGGGACGCGUCCGACCGUGCCCCAGUACCAGCUGACCUGUACCCCUGCGCACUAACAGGGACCCAAAAGGCGCCUCUCCACUGCGCACGGGCGACGACUGUUCUCGCUUCGCCCCACGGACACCCACCGCCACUCUACAAGAUGCUGCGCGACCCGCCCGUCCACGUCAACGCCUCCUUCGGCCUGAUGGGGGCGGUGGGCGUGGCGGUCAACAUCGUCCUCUUCGUCGUGGACAUCGUGUCCGACGCCCUCCUCGCCUACGUCCUGUGGCGCCAGGCCGUCGACGCCACGGACGAGGCGGCGAGCGAGGAGGCAAUGACCUGGUUCAUCAUCACGCUCUGCAUCAUCGUCAUCCCCAUGGUCAUCCUGAAUCUUUUCAGUCUGUUGUGGUAUUACCAGAACAAGCUGUGUCUCGGAGACUACUGCGUCCUGCACAAGAUGAGUCGAGGCCAAGCAACGGUUCGGGUCAUCCUUCACCUCCUCCUCCUCGGGCCCCUCAUCAGAUACUUAGAUAUCAUGCGAUACGGGCUGAAGAUGCAACGGGAGGUUCGCGAGGUGGAGAUGGGCGAGCACGGCGCCGUCAUGAGGAGGACGCCCAAGGGAGAGGUCCACGCGGUGCUUCAGAUGGUCAUUUCUCGGGACACGGCGAUGCUGGACAUGAUGCACAGCUUCCUGCAGGACGCGCCGCAGCUGGUCUUCCAGAUCUUCCUCCUCUACCGCAGUCCCGAGAUCAUCACGGGCACCGAUACAAACAACACCUUCACCAUCGCGGUGCAGGUGUGGAAGGUGCUGGUGGGCGUGAUGGCCAUCUCGUGGUCGCUGGUGUCCUACCAGGAUGAGCUCCGCCGCUCCGUGCCCAACAAGGAGCAGCUGUCCUGCGGCGGCACCACCACCUGCCUCUUCUGGCGCUCCGGCAUGGUCGCCUCCAGGGUCAUCGCCAUCGCCACCUUUGCCUCCAUCAUCCCUCCCGAGGAAGAAAACAACCACAGCGUGUUCUUCCCUCGCAUGACCAGCGACGGCAGGGUCUUCAUCCCGUUCGCCCUCAUCGCCGGCAUCGUGCUCUUCGUGCACUGGGUCAUCAUGACCGUCUGGAUACACGCUCAGAACACGACCUUCUGCUCUAACGACGAAGGCUCGCGGCGGCCCGUGCUGGAGCUGCUCUACAACGGCGUCAUGGGGAUCGUGCACAUCUUCUGCUACAUUAACCUGAAGGACACGCCGUCCCGCAAGAGGAUGACCUUCUUCUACACCAUCAGUUUCGCCGAGAACACCACCAUGAUCGCCGUCUGGUAUGUGGAGAUGCGGCAGGCGUACCAGCUGUGGUUCCUAGUGACGAUGGUCUUCAGCGUGGAGGCCCUGUGGAUGAUCGGCCUCUGCAGCCUGAUCGGUUACUACGCCUUCCUCCACCCCGACCACAACAGAAUCGUCUCGGGCAGGAACCAGGCGUCAUGGCGAGAGUGAACCUGCCGUGCAUGACGCUGGCAGGCACGCGCGGCUUGGACCGCUGUUGACAACCCAUUAGCCUUGCGCCUGAUUUACCUCACUAGUCAUCUCGAGUUUUGAAAUCAUCGCCGUCAUCUCCAUUCGCAAAUCAUUUACUGUAAAUUUCAUAUCACUUGCUUUUUUUGUAAUGGAGGAGUGUGAGAGAAUAUUAUAAUAUAAGGAGUCAAGGGGGCAGUGUGUGUGUGUGUGUGUGUGUGUGUGUGUGUGUGUGUGUGUGUGUGUGUGUGUGUGUGUGUGUGUGUGUGUGUAUGUGUGUGUGUGUGUGUGUGUGAGAGUGAGGAGUGAGAAAGAGAGAGAAACGCUUCUAUGCUGUAUCAUAUGCAUUUUUAUAUUUACAACUUUAUACCUGUAAUAGCACAGUUCUUGUACAUACUAUAAAUAAAAAACUUCACGAGCAAUAA